AUGUCUUUGGACAGAAAUGAAUACGCUUUCCAAUCAUGGAAACCACAUUUGAUCUACAACAACGACAUGGACGCAAAAGAUUCGUCCUUUUUUGCUUCACGGACGUUUCUGUAUGACACACUCACCUCAUUGCACCAGCAGCUCCAGCAAUAUAACUCCGAGUAUUCAUCCUCGUAUAAUGAUGACAUCUUGUUUGUCCAUACCCAGCUUGUCGAACUACUGGAUUAUCUCUUCAUCACUUAUGAGAAAUCAAAAGUAGUGAAAAUCUUGUCGGUCAAUUUAGAUACAAUCUUGGCGAAAACAAUCACUUUCAACUUGAAUAUCAUGAUGAAAAAUGGACACGAGAAAUUCACCAUUCUCAUUAUAGAAUUGGUCAAUAAAUUGUCAGAAUUGGUCCUCUCAAAUGUAAAGAAAAUUUCAAUAUCGAAAAACUGGUAUUCCUCCCUGAAACAUUUGAGCAUUAUAAUAUUGAAGUUCAUUUACACAAAAUUCAACGGGUUCUUGAAUAACACAAAAUCUUUGCUGGUAACUGGCUUAUACAAACAUUUAAGUAAACUCAAUGAGUCUUAUAAUUCAGCCAUUGAAAAUGGUCAUUUCAAGUCCAACUAUUUCUCAGAUAUGGUGCACUUGAUUGACAUUAUUUUGGCCCAUGAUAAUUCAAAUAUCGUUUUGGAUGAAAAACUUUUGGGUAGAUUGUUCAAACUCGUUAAAUUUCUCACUCAAAGGAACCCAAACCCUUCCGAUCCUGUUUUCACUUACCCAUUGACUUCGGUUUUACAUGGCUUCUCCAUACUGACCUCCAUUUUGAAAUCAGAUAGGUAUGUCACCUCAACCAUCACAAACAAAAAAGUCCCAUUCUCCGCAGUGAAGUAUGUAAAUUCCAUCAAUACUCAUCUAAACCUAAUAAUAUCUUCAAUGGAUACCGAUCAUAAAAAAUUAAAAUUGACCCUAACUAAAAACCUGGCUGACUUGCUGGUUUUCACCUAUGUUGUGUUUGGCUCAAAUGUCAGUGCCGAAGAUGACGCCCUAAAACUAGGUAUCACCCUACUAUUCAAUGAAUACAAACUAACAACCUCGAGCUCCAACUUGAAGUCAGCUCUUAUCGAAACUUUGAUCCAGUUUUUAUCCAAACUUAACCUAUACUAUCAGAGCGAAAGAAUUAAACUGCCCAAAUUCUCAAACUCGGUCAACUUUAUCUCAUUGAAAUUCUUCACCAUUAUCAACUUGAUCUAUUGUAGUUUAUUUGAGCUCCAAAACUCCUCUUUGUCAAGCAAAAGGAGGGACAUCAAUCCAAACCACAUACUAAUUAAUGACAACAUUUCUUUGAACUAUGCGAUUAAGACUCUCAACCACUUGGAGUUGAUUCACGUUUAUCUGAUUAAAGAACUAGAUAAUGAUACGAAUAAAUUGAUUGUUUUAUCAAAACUCGUUCUAAGUGAUUUUCCUUCGGAUUCAAAAUUCCCAGUUAAAACUUUACAGGAGGCUAUUUCGGAAAAUUAUCAAAACGUAUGGUACAUAUCCAACAUUCUGAAAUUCGCACAGUUGAUUAUAGAUGAUUUGGAUGAAUAUGUGCUUUCCGGAAAUGGUAGUUUCAUAAGCUCAGACAUGGCAGCUCAGUUGGUGCUUAAGAUAGCCGACUUAUGCUUUGAUAAAAACUUUAGAAUUAGAGUAAUUGCUGUUGAGACAUUGGUGAAACUACUGAAAAUCAAACCAGAUAUGAGCUUUAGCAUCAUGAACAACUCUUUAGAAAAAUUAAUAGGGAUCUUUGAUGCUGGGAACAACGGGAUAAACACAUUCAACGAAACAUAUUCGAACGCAUAUUUAAUUGCAUCUAUCCUUUCUUACACUUCCAAAGAAUACAUCACUUCUGAUUUCAUUUUGAAGGUAUUUUCGAUAUCCUUUGAAGCUUUGAAGAAAUUUAAUACCUCAGUUAUAUCUUCCAAUUUGUUUGGAUCUAAUAACGGCGUCAACAUUAGCAACUUCAGUUAUGAGAAGCAGUUGGUGUCUUGUAUAUUGUUGUUGGGUCUUUUUAAUUACGCCUCCGGUAGUAAAAAGACUGACCCAUCCACCCUUUUUUUACAAGACUCCUCCCAGUUUUUGAAUAUAUGGAAAAACUUGCUUGCACACUCUUUGCCUAAUGGAUUUUUACAAUCAUCGGAUGAUUCAAAGGCUAUCCUCAACAUCGGCGAAGUGAUGAAAAUUUUGGAAAUCAAAAAUCAAUCUCUAGUUUGCGUUGUGACCUAUAUUAAUUAUUUGACGUCUAUCAAUGACAGUUUAGAUGGUGAAUUGGUUAGACAGUUGACUCAGAUUUUAACAAAGAGUUACACUUUCAUCACUCAACUAUAUGGCGAAGUAAAAACAAAGAAAGUCCCUGAAUUUUUUUCCAACGCCCUUACGGGUAAUAAACUACGAAUCUUUGAAGCGUACCUAAAACUACUACCCCAUGUUAACAUAAAGAAUGAACUCAACUCCACAAUGUUGAUUGAAAUAGUUCAAAAUUUUAGUGAUGUCGAGAAAUACAGAUAUGAGUUUAAGGAUCCAUACGGUAAGGUUAUGAAGACAUCCAAGAAGAAGAUACAAAUCAAUGAAAUUUCAGAGUACUUAUUGUACUAUAUUGACGACGGAGUUUGGUACGGCAUGACCAGUAAAUUCAACAAUUUUAAAAUUGAUGAAUUGAUGAUCAAAGACCACGCUUACAAAUUUGUCAACAGGAAUAGUGAGUCGGAAAUAGAUUUAGCACCCUAUCACAAUCAAUUUCUAAUUGAAUCUCCGAAUUUGCAAAGUAAUUUGUCGAACAUCUCUGUUUUUGACGAAACUACUGAGUCUAGAAACUAUACCUUCUUGAAUCACUCAUUAUUGCAUGAUUCUUUCAUGUUACUCUACAACAACUCAUAUGAUGUUGGUUAUACCGAUACUAUGAAGUAUCCUGUACCUACAGAUACAAUGACGAUUGAUACAUCUAUCGAACUAUUUGCUAUUUCAUUUGGAUAUUUGACUCCAAAAGUUCAAAUUUCAGUUCUUGAAUCUAUCAGAAGUAACAUUUUCUAUGAAUCCAAGGAAACAAUUCUUUCAAAUAUGAAAACAAACUCUAACUUUGAUGAAACUGAUGAAAAAAAAAUUAAACAAGAAUUCUCAUUGAUGUUAAGAAAAAAGGCUAUCUCUGUUAACUCUUCAAUUUCUCUUCAUAGUCUACUAAACUAUAUGGCUAGGUAUAAUUCUAAAGCUGAAACAUCACUCAAACUGAGGCUGAAGAAAGAGGUUGCGCAUUUAAUUAUUGAAACUUUGAAAAAUAUUAGCUUCGAAGACGUCUAUAUGGUUAAUCUGAACUCGGAAAGUAUUGGUCUCUGUUGCUCUCUUGUUGAUGGAAUGGAAACACAAGAAGAACUUCUACAUAAUGAGGUUGCAAUAAUGAUCAAUGCAAUUGCAGAGAAUAACAUUCCUAACGUUAGGGCUUUUUAUAUUAAAUCAUUAGCACAGUUAACCAAAUAUUCUAAUAUGAUCAACACCUCCAAAAUCACCUCAACGAUUUUUACAUUAUUGAAGGACCCCCACCCUGUUGUGCAUGGUGCAACUUUACAAGCGUUAGAUACAUUUAUGAAUGGAAAGUCGAAUUUAGAAGUAUCUAAUGACUUGAUUCAUAAAGUUCUGAUUUAUCUGGAGAAAACCUGGCUAGAUGAUAACUUCGGUAUUAGAUCCGAGACAACUGUUUCUUCGAAUAUUAACUUCAGAGAAUAUUCAAAUUCUGUAAAUUGGAUGGUAAAAUUACUGAGAUCGUUGGUUAAUGUUUCUGGGCCUGCAAUUAGAAUGUUUGAUGAAGAUCUAAAAAGUCAGUUGAAUAAGCUAUUAUUUAACUUUCAGUACCUAGUACAUUUUGACUACGAGAUUGUAGUUCGAGAACUAUUAAAAAUAUAUGAACAGUUGUUGGUAUUUGAUAAAAGUAUUAUUGAUCUCAGCAACUAUAAAUUUCUUACGCGGUUACUUAUUAUUAACAAUUUCAAAACCGGAGUAUAUGGGCAUUCUUUGGCUGGUUUACCAUUUGACGAUGAAUAUGAUAAUGAAAAUACGAUAGAAUGUUUCCCCUGUACCACUAGUCAGAUAUUAUUGGAGAUAUCAUUAGAAUCAGCAUUCCAACUAUUCAAAUUGGAAGACAAUGAAAUAAUCGAUAGUCAAUAUGAGCAGCUCUUGUGGAUAGCCUUGGAAUCUGAUCCGGAUAACGAAUCAAUCAAAAAUAUUGUUAGAAUUCUCAUGGACGAAUGUACUGAGAGAGGAACUGAGGAAAGGUAUACAUGGUUUACUAAACUUGUCAAAUAUUACAAUAUAAAUAAAUCUGCAUUAGUUUCACCUCUGAUGAAGACAUUUGAAAAGAGAAUAAAUAACGCAGGGAUGUAUUUCCAUAUGCCUGUUAAUGAUGCUAAACCUUCCACCUUGAAAACCCCCAAAGUUGAAUCGAAACAUACACAACAGCCUUCGUCACCGACAUCAAAUCCGGAUGCUCUGAAUGAAGCAGAAGAAACCUUGACAUCACCAUCAAAUAUAAAAAAGAAUUUCAAUGAUAAUAGUAAUGAUGAUGGUGACAAUGAUGAUGAUGAUGACGCGGAUGAUAAUGACAUAGUCUACAAUACCAGUGAUUCGAGCAACUCCAACUUUGAAAAUUGGUUAGAUUUAUCCAACGAUCAAGUUAGCUGGAAAUUUAGAUUAUUCGUGAUGGAAAUGUUGAACAAGCUAUUAACAUUUUGUGAGUUUGAUGACAGGUUAAAACUAUUGUUGUCAAAGAAAAUCAACGAGUUUGUUCGAAUUGCGUUUACUUCGUCGACUUCAAAUUUGGUCACUCUUCGAAUCACGUCUUUAAAGUUAUUAGGAAAUAUAAUACAUUUAUAUUCCGAUAUGAAGGAUCCAUUGUACCCUGAUAUAUCGAUUCUUGACCAGCAACAAGCACAGAUAAUGAGUGCAAUUAUACCAUCUUUUAAUAAAGAGUCUACAAUUGAACUAGCAGGAGAAGGGAUUGUGCUAUCAUCAAGGUUCAUCAGUAGUAACAUUACAAAUGUCAAAAAAGCGCCUCGUAUAAUUAAAAUUCUCACAACUUCUCUAGAAGACUUGGCAAACAGUCACAACAGUAAAGGUACCAUGAAAAUUGGAGAUAUUUCGAUACUAACGAAAAAGUCAGAAGACAAGAUAAAAACUUAUAUUUUACAAGCAUGGUCAAAAAUGCUGAUUUUGAGUGAAGAAAAUAAAAAUGAUAAUGGCGAUUUAGUUGAAUUACUCCAAGUUUAUUCAAAGGUGCUCAUAACAUUGUGGGUGCAUUCUCUUCGAGAAUAUGCAAUGAAUAGAUACAGUUUAUAUGAAAGAGCUAAACCCAAUAUAAUGAGUGAAGGGUUUGAUUUGCAGGUAUACGAGAAUUGUUGGAUUGACUUUGUUGAGUCAAUCUGUAUUGUUAUUGACAACCAAGAAUAUUAUAACUACUUGAUCGGUAUUUUAGGUGACGAUAUUGGUAAGCUUUUCAUGACAAUAUUCGGUUUGUGUAUUGAAUAUCUGACAAAACGGUCAAAUAAGCCUGUCAAUCAGUUUAACAGUGAAGAUAUUAGGAUCUUGAGAUCUCUGAAAAAACUUUUUAAGCUUGAAUUGUCAAUCAAGAUACUAUUUAAUGAACACAUUUUCAGUGAAUUUGUUGAUAUUAUUAACAAACUUAUUUCAAUCUCCACUGAUGCUUUCUCGGUCCAAUUGUUAAAUAGUAUCAAUGAAUUAUUAAAAGAGAUAUACCUAGAUUAUUUCGAUGAUUUGAAACUCAAUGAUCAAAAUGAUAAAAGAUCAGUUGAGGAGAUAUAUUCGGAAUUUGAUAAAUUAUUUGAAUUGCUCAGAUUAAUUAUCAAGAUAGUAUCGACCAAACUCACCUUUAUAAAAGAUAAGGAAAUUUUAGACAGGUCAACAAUUGUUAUUGAUGAUUCAGAUUUCAUGCUUAUUAAGAAAUGUUUUUCUUCAUUCAUUGAAAUGAUAAACAAAUUACCAAUGCCUAUUCAAAUUGAUCUUUAUUCUUGCUUGAUGUAUAUGCUUAUUUUGAUUCACGAAUUUAAUAACCCUCAACUAACAACCAUGAUGUUACCGGUAAUUCAAAGGGGACUCAUUAAUUAUCGCUCCUUGGCUAUUGAAAUGGGAAAUGAAAACAGCAUUGUAAAUAUUAAGAGUAUUUUCAAAAUAUUCAAUGUUAAAGAAGAUUCCAAAGAAGAUCAGCUACUGACAUUUAUUAUAAUUAAGAACGUACCUGAUAUUAUUAUUGACGCUUCUGAUGUUGAUUUGAUUAGCAAAAUGAUUGUCUCUGGAUUGAAUUCUUCGGAUUCGAAUUUAGUGUCAUUAUCCGUUCAAACUGUAAAGUCGAUAAUUCACAAUAGCGAAACUGGAACUUCGGCAAAUAUACUACGAAAGCUAUUCCCCCUACUGAUUGAGAUUCUAUCUGAUUCAGGCAUCCAAAUUUCUGAACCUAGAUUAAUAGUUGAAAUAUUUGUCACCUAUAUUAAAACACUAACUGAUGAUAUCAAGAUUGAAUCAAUGUAUGAGCUCAUUCUACCAAUACUGGUGUUUUUCAACUCUAAAUUUGGAUACGAGGAGUACGUACAUUCCAAACUUAUUGAAUUGGUAGAUUUCAAUACCGAAAUCUUCAAAGAAACUAUCCAAAAUUCAGAAGAUGAACUAAAAUCAAAAAUCCAGUUGUUACUCAAGAAAGCAAAAAAGGUAGAGGUAGAUGCGCCAUCUAAUGAGUUGCAUAUUGAACUAAAGACUUUAGGUUGA